UCUUACUUCACCACAGAGGGGGAAAAUAAUUUUUAUUAGCAAAACAAAUUCAUAGUAAAUAUAGAUUUAUAUCCAGAUAUGGGAAACAAUAGCAGUGCCCCUACUACUACAAGCAACCAUGGUAACAAACUCAGAAAGUCUCAAUCAGUUCCAGACACACAGAAACUAUCCCCUGAUGCUCAAGUUUUAUUUAACAAAGAAAAAUCACUAAGUCAGCAGAAGCUGAGCGGCAAGCCUGGUAAAUUUGGUGGUAAGAAACAAAAGCAUGCAGCUGAAGAUCUACCACAUAUUCCACCUGCCGAAGCACUGUUUCUACCAGAAUUUCCUCUACGAGGAGAUUUAGAUGAACUAGAAUUUGAAGUGAUUGAUGUAAUAGCAAAAGGUGCAUUUGGAAAUGUUAUCAAAGUUCAACGAGAAGAUCAGAAAAGAUUCUAUGCUAUGAAAGUCUUAGACAAGGGACAAAUUAUUAAUGAAGGAGCAAUUAGACAGUGUAAAGAUGAAGCAGCCAUUCAGUCAUUAGUUGGUGACCAUACUUUUAUUGUAAAGGCACAUGAAUACUGGCAGUCAAGAACAUCUUUAUAUAUCGUUUUGGACUAUGUUCCACAUGGUGAUAUGUUUACAUUGUGGACUUUUCAUGGAGCGUUUCCUGAAGCAUUGGUUCAACUUUACAUAGCAGAGAUAUGUUUGGUUAUAGAUUAUCUCCACAACUCAAGUGUCAUCUAUCGUGAUAUUAAGAUGGAGAACAUACUGUUUGAUCCUAAAGGGCACAUACAAGUGACAGAUUUUGGGCUAGCUAAGUUUUUGCAAGGGGGUGACCAAACCAGGACAGUGUGUGGUACACUGCAGUAUAUGGCUCCAGAAGUUUUGUCAGUGUACCCUUAUGGCCACGCGGCUGAUUGGUGGUCUGUUGGCAUUCUCAUGUAUGCUAUGUUAGCUGGAAAGUAUCCAGUGGAUGGUGCUGAUACCCACACUAAAAUGGCCCAGAAAGUUUUUGAAUGUGAAUAUCUUCUUCCUAGUCAUAUAAGUGAUUUAGCUCAAGAUGUCAUUAAUAGGUUUUUAACCAAAAGUCCACACAAGCGUCUCAGUGACAUUUAUGUUAUUCAAGAUCUUUAUUUCUUCCAAGAUAUUGUGUUUUCUGACCUUCUUGAUCGCAAGUUGAACCCUGUGGAUGUUGUACCUGAAGAUUUUUUCCCUAUGACUGGAGAGAGCUGGGCUCCACAAGUAUUGACCCCAGAAGAGCAGCAACACUUUGAUCAGUUUGAUGAUAGUAAUGAGACCAUCACGGAUGAACAAGACCACCAUCCCUACCAUCAGCCCUACCAAAAGCCUGCAUCUUACACCAAACAACCUCUCAUUCCCCGGGGUGAGACUGCACCAGACCAGCAAGAAAACUCCCAGACGCUGCCAUACAACCAGCCAAACUCUUCUCACUAUUCUAAUCAACAGCCGCAACAGUUUGGCCAUCAGCAGUCCAGGGAGUCAGUAUAUAAUGAUCAGCAGAGGGGUUCCCGCAGUUUUGACUCGGAGCAGUACAGUGUGUCUGACAGGCAGAGUGUUAACUCCAGCUUUGAUUACAGACAGAAUAUUGCUCUGGCCAGUGCUGGUAAUUUUACUCGACAGAACGGUAGCAUGGUCGGUUCCAUGCAUCAGAGCAGCGGCUUGGUCAGAUCUGGUAGUUUUACACAGCAGGGAAGUGGUAUGGGAUCUUCUGGUAAUUUUACACAAGGCAGUGGUAUGGGAUCUUCUGGUAAUUUUACACAAGGCAGUGGUAUGGGAUCUUCUGGUAACUUUACACAGCAGGGAAAUGGUAUGGGAUCUUCUGGUAGCUUUACACAGCAGGGAAAUGGUAUGGGAUCUUCUGGUAGCUUUACACAGCAGGGAAAUGGUAUGGGAUCUUCUGGUAGCUUUACACAGCAGAAUAGUGGUUUAGAAUCCUCUAGCUUUACACAGCAGGGAAGUGGUAUGGGAUCUUCUAGUAGCUUUACACAGCAGGGAAAUGGUAUGGCGUCAUCUGGUAAUUUUACACAAGGCAGUGGUAUGGGAUCUUCUAGUAGCUUUACACAGCAGGGAAGUGGUAUGGGAUCUUCUGGUAGCUUUACACAGCAGGGAAAUGGUAUGGCGUCAUCUGGUAAUUUUACACAAGGCAGUGGUAUGGGAUCUUCUAGUAGCUUUACACAGCAGGGCAGUGGUAUGGCGUCCUCUAGUAGCUUUACACAACAGGGCAGUGGUAUGGGAUCCUCUGGUAGUUUUACACAGCAGGGCAGUGGUAUGGGAUCCUCUAGUAGCUUCACACAGCAGGGCAGUGGUAUGGCAUCUUCUGGUAGCUUUACACAGCAGAAUAAUGUAGAUACACAGCGCAGACAAAGUACCGACCAUAGCCAUGCAACAAGAAGUAGCACGUACAUGUAUGGUGAGACAAUUCCUGAGAGAAGAGCCAGCACCACAGACAGACGGGUAAGCAUUCACAACUCUAGUGGAGGCAGUGGUAGUGGGCCCAAUGCUGUCUCAGCCCCUACUAAUAAUUUAACCAUGCAGGCAGUCAAUGGAUACGGUGGCCCUUAUGGUUCAGUGAAUGCAACUAACACCAACUACCAGAGGGUUGAGGCCCCACCCCCUGUCAGACUUAGAGCACAAAGUAAUCCUGUGGCUGUUUACAACAGGCAGACAUCUGCUCAGCCACCUGCUAGUACCAUGGGAGGCAACUACAGCACUGGUUCUAGGGGGGUCAGCCUAGAAUACAAAACUGUUGAUGCGCCACCGGUCAUCACGCUUCCUCCACAAACAGCUUACAACCAUAGUGCAUACAAUCAACAUCCAGCUAUGGUCAACUCUGCAAGUAGUUCUAGUCUUGCUGACAACAACUAUAGACCAUUAGAAGAAGCAAGACUUAACCUCCCAAGCCAGGUUGGCAAGUCUCAGGAAAGGCCACCUGUGCCAAUGAAACCACCUGUAGCACAAAAACCCACGGUACCUGUCAAGCCUUCAUUUAAACCCCAGACAUCCAUACACCAGCAGCCCACAGCCUACGCACGACAACUUCCUGUAGCACCGGGGCGGCAACAACCUCCCAUAGCACCAGUAAAACCCCAGCAGCCUGUAGCGCCAGUAAAGCCCCAGCCAGCAGCCGCCAUUAGACCACAACCAGCGCCAAGGAAAUCAAUCAGCAAGCAAAACUCUGUUCCCUACGUCUCGCAAACAUCCACCAGCAACCAACCUCUGACAAACAAAUCUAUGUAUAGCCAAGGCCUCCAAAACAACAAUACAAAUUUCUAUCCGACAAACUACAGCCAGGAUCUGUCAGCGGCUGUCAGUUUAUUGAAUGAUAACCUAAGCAAACGUUCUUCCUAUGAUCAAAGAGCAGUGACACAACCUGCAGAUAGGUCUUUUGGGUAUAAAGACCAGAGCCAAUCUAACCUGGGCAAUAGUGGUUUGUACCAAGACCAUAGUCAAUCUAAUUUAAGCAGCAGUAUUGGAUACCAAGACAACAGCCCAUCAAACCUGGACAGUAAUCACAUAAACUCCAGCUAUUUAACCACUGAAUCACAAAUGAUGAGCCCAAACGCAGUCACAGACAACUUUAAAUGGAACCUUCCUGCUGAUGCCACACCUUCUUUUGUAUAAGGACACAUGGGUUCUCACUCCAGUAUUGAAGCCUCCUGUCGUAGUAUUUUAUUCAUUGUUACUGGCUUAGGUUAACAUAUGGUGCUGGUGUAUAGCAUGGCAUGUUAUGUGUAAUGGUGUGUUGAAAACUGUCUGGCAAUAAGGGAAAUAUGCAAUAAACUCUUUUGAGUGGGCAUUCACUCAUUAUUUGCUUCAAUCAAAUAUUUAUAUCACCCAGUUUGUUGUAACUAUAAAUUUUAUUACUCCAAGAAAACUGCUUUGAUGGUCCCCUUGUUAUGUAUAUAAAUUUAUUUAUCUUUAUACCUCUAGGCUUACUUGCAUGUUUGUUUAUACAUUGUAAAUUGAAGAAGUUAAUGGCACUGGUUGACUUAAAUGUUCAACUUGUUGUGGAUCAAUUGUGCUUUCCUUCUUAACUAGCUAUGUUAUUUAAAGCAAUAUCAAAUUGUUUUUUUUUUGGUACUUGUAAAUUUGGUAGCAGGUUGUAUCAAAGUUUUUUUUGCUAGAAUUGCUACCCUAGCCCAGCCAUGACCCUAAUCCUGAAUAUUUCCCUGACCCUAAGCCCAUUCUGACACUUAAGAAUACCUGUCUUUUCAAUUACCUUUUAAUCUCAUCUUCGGCCUUGUAGCUGUAAAGAAAAUACAAUACUCAAAAUAUAAUUUGUUAUAAAACUGUAAAAAUAUGUUUUUUGCGGCACAAAUUUUUAAUGCUUUUUUUUCUUAUUUCUUCAAGAUGAAAUAAACAAAAGUGUGUCCAUCAAUUACUAUAAGCAAGGCUAAACAACUGCAGACUAAUUAUUUCUUAGUUUUUUUAAAGAUUUACAUUAUUUUUCUAGAUUUAUGAAUAAGAUAUAAUUGCAAAUUGUUAGUCAUUGUACAUUUUCCUAAGUAACUUUUUUAUGUUGUGAACAAACUUAAGAAAAACUUAGUAAAAAUAAAGUACAGCAUAUUAUUUCUAUCAUGCCAGAGGGGGGGGGGGGGGUAAA